GGUGGCGGGGAAGUGAAGUGGAGGGGGGAGGAGAGUACUCUUGCGCAUGCGUGGCGUGCGAGGUCCUGCGCUGCGGCAGUUCAGCUGUGCGGUUUCUUUUGGGGGGAGAGAGAAAGCGAGUGAGGACUGAGGAGCAGAGAGCGCGCGAGACGGAGAGUUUAAUGACCACUGCAAAAAUAAAAAAGAUGACAACAUCAUGGAGUGAUCGACUACAAAAUGCAGCAGAUCUUCCUGCAAAUAUGGAUGGGUAUGCUCUGAAGAAGUACCGUAGGGAAGCAUAUCACCGGGUUUUUGUGAACAGAAGCCUAGCCAUGGAAAAAAUAAAGUGCUUUGGAUUUGAUAUGGAUUAUACAUUAGCUGUAUAUAAAUCCCCAGAAUAUGAAUCCCUUGGAUUUGACCUGACAGUUGAACGAUUAGUUUCAAUUGGAUACCCCCAAGAGCUGCUGAGCUUCGUCUAUGAUCCUACGUUCCCUACCAGAGGCCUGGUAUUUGAUUCUCUUUUUGGAAACCUGUUGAAAGUUGAUGCCUAUGGGAACAUCCUAGUGUGCGCACAUGGUUUUAACUUCAUGAGAGGGCCAGAGAUCCGAGAGCAGUAUCCUAACAAAUUCAUCCAGAGGGAUGACACUGACAGGUUUUACAUUUUAAACACGCUGUUCAACUUACCAGAGACCUACUUGUUGGCCUGUCUGAUUGAUUUUUUUACUAACUGUGACAGGUAUUCAAGUUGUGAAACAGGGUUUAAAGAUGGAGACCUCUUCAUGUCCUUCAGGAGUAUGUUCCAGGAUGUGAGAGAUGCUGUGGAUUGGGUUCAUUAUAAGGGAUCUUUAAAGGAGAAGACAGUUGAGAAUCUAAAGAAGUAUGUGGUGAAAGAUGGUAAACUGCCUUUGCUGUUGAGUCGGAUGAACGAGGUGGGAAAGGUGUUCCUUGCCACAAACAGUGACUAUAAAUACACUGAUAAAAUUAUGACUUACCUAUUUGAUUUUCCACAUGGACCAAAGCCUGGCAGCUCUCAUCGGCCAUGGCAAUCCUACUUUGACCUCAUCCUUGUAGAUGCACGCAAGCCUCUCUUUUUUGGGGAGGGCACAGUCUUGAGGCAGGUGGAUACGGUUACUGGAAAACUGAAAAUUGGUACCUACACAGGGCCCCUGCAACAUGGCAUUGUCUACUCUGGAGGCUCCUCUGAUACAAUCUGUGACCUUCUGGGGGCCAAGGGUAAAGACAUCUUAUACAUUGGUGACCACAUAUUUGGAGAUAUACUGAAGUCCAAGAAACGUCAGGGUUGGAGGACCUUCCUAGUAAUUCCAGAGUUGGCACAGGAGCUUCAUGUCUGGACAGAUAAAAGCUCUCUUUUUGAAGAACUCCAGAGUCUAGACAUCUUCUUAGCAGAGCUAUACAAGCAUUUGGACAGCAGCAGCAAUGAGCGCCCUGAUAUCAGUUCCAUCCAGAGGCGGAUUAAGAAAGUGACUCAUGACAUGGAUAUGUGCUAUGGGAUGAUGGGAAGCCUGUUCCGAAGUGGUUCUCGACAAACUCUCUUUGCCAGUCAGGUGAUGCGCUAUGCAGACCUCUAUGCAGCAUCUUUCAUCAACCUCUUGUAUUAUCCCUUCAGUUAUCUCUUCAGAGCUGCCCAUGUGCUGAUGCCACAUGAGUCAACAGUGGAGCACACCCACGUGGACAUCAAUGAGACAGAGUCACCCAUGGCCACACGGAACCGCACUUCAGUAGAUUUCAAAGAUUCCGACAAACGGCACCAGCUGACCCGAUCUGUUAGUGAGAUUAAACCACCCAACCUCUUCCCUCAAACUCCCCAAGAGAUCACACAUUGCCAUGAUGAGGAUGAUGAUGAAGAGGAGGAGGAGGAGGAAGAGGAGGAGGAAGAAUAGAAAUGAAAUGUGGACACCUUGACGGAAGUGAUUGGCAGGAACAGAUUCUAGGGUGGGGGUGACAGCAAAAUUAACACUGAUCAGGAGCCCUUUCUUCUUAGCAAAUAUGAUAUUUGCAGACCUUUUCCAAAUGUAAAAGAUUUUGCACAGGACAAAGGAGGAACAGACACAGGUGCCUAACUGCACUGCUCCACCUAUAGAACAUGGGGGUAAGGGGCUGUGUGUGUGUCCUUUGUCCCUCUUACUAGUGCAUUUCAUUAAAACUGCCUCCCAGGCAUGGUUUGGAAUUGG